AUGGGCUCGAAAGUUUCAAAUCAAUCGCAACAUGAUAUGUUAAAUGAUGGAGAUAAUGCGAGUAGUGCACCUUCGACCGCAUUACUGAACAAUAACGCCAGUACAACAGGUGAUACGACUACAGAAGUACCCAUAAAUAAUGAUGUUGUGUUAAUUUGGUUUGAUGAAAAUAUGGCUUCAGACGCAAGCGAUACAAAAACGAAAUUCUCCAAGAUCACUGAUCAUGUACAGUUUUAUACAUCUCAAGAAAAGUUUCUCGAAUAUAUUAGUUCGAUCGAAAACAGAAGUAAAACCGUAUUUCUAAUAGUAGCUGGAAAAUCGACAAAAGAUAUUUUAACUAAAAUUCAUUCGUCGAAACAUAUCCAUUCGGUUUAUAUAUACUGUUUUCGUUGUGAUAGAUAUCAACCAUUAAUGGUUGAAUUCAAUAAAAUUAAGGGUAUAUUUGAUGAUGCACAUGAUCUAAUACUCAUUCUGAAAAGUGAUAUUGAACAGAUUGCUCAUUUGACAGUAUUUAAUUUUUAUAAUACAGCAAAACAAAAAUCAACACGAGAUUUAAACAUAGAAUCAGCUGAAUUCAUUUGGUUUCAACUCUUACAAGAAAUGUUAUUGAAACUACCCUAUCAUACUGAACAAGCGAAACAUGAAUUUCUAACACUAUGUCGAAACUAUUAUCGAGGCAUAAACGAAGAAGAAAUGAUUAAUAUUGAUCAAUUUGAACGGGAGUAUAAAUCAGAAAAUGCAAUUAACGAAUAUACUAAAGAUUAUUUUCUAUUUCGAAUUAUUAAUCAAGCCCUACGAACUGAAGAUGUCGCACAGUUGUACGCGCUUCGCUAUUAUAUUGUUGAUCUAUGCCUGAAUUUAAUCGAGCAGUCAAAGAAAUAUAAACAGUCAAAUAUCGCGACACAGUCAACCAUUCAGGUCUUUCGUGGCCUCAAAUUGACUAUAGAUGAAGUUGAUAAACUAAAGAAAAUUCUAGAAGAUGGUGGUUUAAUAGCUGCAAAUACUUUUCUUUCAACAAGUUAUUGUCCAAAAGUAGCUCAGUUGUUUGCCAAUGCAAAAUGUGGCCGACGACCGGCUAGUAGUAUAGUCAGAGCUGUUUUCGAGAUUAUUGUCGAUUUAAAAUUGGAAGUAGUUGUAGCUGAUAUGGAGCUUUUCGAAAACAACGUAUUCAAUUUACUGGGGACUUCUGAAUCACCUCUUAUCUACUGA